AUGGCGGCCAUUCUGGAAAACAGUGGUCCCUUUAAAGAAAAGCUCAUGAAUGACGAAAGGUUCAAUGAAAUGGCUGGAAGCCAAAAACAGCAAGAAGAUGACUCUUCUAGUGAGGAGGAAGAGUCGGACAUAGGGGGGCAACCUGCGGAAACUGGUAUCACCACAGGUAUCACCGCAGAGCAGGCUGGUACCCUGGAAAAAGGUGGUGCCCCAGUGUCUGUGGCACAUUGUGUCAUCCGAGGGUCACACCCAGACACAGAUCUCCGGGAGGCUGCACAUGGCAGGAGCUGCGGACACGCUUCCAUCCCGUCUAUCGCAGGAUCUGCCACCAGCGCCAUGUUGCUCUACAUGCCGCCAUUCCUGGCCCUGCUGCUCUGCGGAGCACCACUUAGCAAUGGAGACAACCCCAACAGUGAGGCCACCUCCAUGCCUCCAAUAAAGAGCACCCUGUCAAGUAACAUCAGUGCAGGACCAGCACCAGCCAAUCCUGGACUUUCUUCUGUUCCCACAGUUUAUCAGAAUGGUCUGAUGGAUGCAAGUCAGUUUCCGACAAAAAUGUCAGACCCUCCAACCAGCAGACGUAUGAGGGAAAUAACCGGUGUCCAGUCAAUACAAGAACCCUCAACACCCGUACUCACCAGUGUAGAACCUCUCAGAAGUGUUUCAACUAUGGAGCCUAUUGUAAGAACCAAUACCUUAGCUCCAACCCCAAACCCACCUGCCAACACAUCACUGCCAGCUAUCCAUCAGGAGACGAGCUCCACCACAGCUUUGGUUACAGCAGGGCCCUCUAACAUCAUAAUCACAUCAAUGACAACAGAUGUCACCAGUAUUCCACCACCGCUCACCAGUAACGUCAUCGAUGUACCGCGCACCACUGUUUAUGCAGAAAGUCCUCAAGAGGCAUUUCCGCUAAUGGGUUCCCCAUCUAGAUCUACAGGAAAUCCACCAAUUAUUCCAAAUAUUACAUCACCAUUUUACACAACUGCACCACUCACAAGUAAUACCACUACCACCACAACUGCACCAGAGGCUACUACAACUGUGCGAAUGACACCCAAUAUUCCAAUCAACACAAUUUUGCCACUAAAGUCUAAAGUCCCUGACUCCAUGACGCCUUUAACCAUAUCUUUAUCAAUAGGCCCUAAUAGCACUAGUACAAUUUUACCAGCUAUGACAAUUUCCCCAAAAACAUUUAAUGUGACUAGUUCUCAGUCCCCAGCGACGACACCUGCCCCAAUGCCUCCUGGUAUGUCUACCACUCCAUUAGAUACCAAAUCUGCACCGAUACCUCCUGGUAUGUCUACCACUCCAAUAGAUACCAAAUCUGCACCGAUACCUCCUGGUAUGUCUACCACUCCAUUAGAUACCAAAUCUGCACCGAUACCUCCUGGUAUGUCUACCACUCCAUUAGAUACCAAAUCUGCACCGAUACCUCCUGGUAUGUCUACCACUCCAAUAGAUACCAAAUCUGCACCGAUACCUCCUGGUAUGUCUACCACUCUAUUAGAUACCAAAUCUGCACCGAUACCUACUGAGUGA